AUGCCCGAAGAACAUACUUUCACUGCUGCAGGUGUCGGAUCAACCGAGCAAGAAGGCGAGAUGUUUACGAAGCCGGUCUAUCCAAUUGACGCCUUCCCGGGAAGUAGGCAGUUCAAAACUGUAUACGGGAUGAUCCAUGUCUUUGAAUGGGGUCCUGAAGAUGGAGAGAAAGUCCUGCUCGUGCACGGCCUUGGUACACCCUGUAUCGCGCUGGGUGGCAUGGCAAAAGAGUUGGUUCGCAAAGGCUAUCGAGUCAUGAUUUAUGAUCUGUUUGGCCGGGGCUACUCUGAUGCGCCUAAUGAUCUGGCUUGUGAUGCAAGACUCUACACUACGCAAAUUCUGCUCGUACUCUCUUCCUCUCCACUGUCAUGGACCGGCGAUACUGCCUUCCACAUCAUUGGUUUCUCCCUUGGUGGUUCGAUCGCCGUGGCCUUCGCCGCCUACCAUGCGACUAUGCUUCGCUCUGUCACCCUGGUUUGUCCCGGAGGCCUCAUUCGCACAUCGCACAUGAAGCCUCUAGACAAAGCUCUGUACUCGUCUGCUAGGCUCAUACCAGAGUGGCUGCGCCUCAAACUGUUCCGUGAGAGUUUGGAGCCACGGAAUGGCGCGGCUUGUGCAGAUGUUCCAGGAGAAAAGGAGGACGAGGACGACUUGGCCUUUGAUGAUGUGCCGAUAGCAGAGGACCGGCCACAAGUCACUGUGGGAGAUGUGAUUCGAUGGCAGCUAGGGGCCAAUGCCGGCUUUGUACCGACCUACCUAAGUACACUUCGCAGCGCCCUGGUUUAUAGACGACAUGAUAGAACAUGGAGAAUCUUGGCUCAAGAGCUCGCCAAAAGACGAGUAGGAGACUCCUUGCCGGGUUUGACGGGCGGAAAGAUAUGCCUGAUAGUGGCGACUAACGACGUUAUUGUUGUCGGAGAUGAAUGUGCUUCGGACGCCGCGGAGAUACUUGGAACAGAAGCCUUGGAGACUCAUGUUCUGAGCGGAGGGCACGAGAUUCCCAUUUCAAGAUCGAGAGAUGUGAGCUCAAUAGCCAUGGCAUUCUGGAAUAGGACACGAUAA